AAUGUCAUCAGCGAGACCCACCUGUCUGAAGACGAGAUGGCAGCCAUCAGUCGGGAGUGCCUGCAAGGCCUGGAUUUUCUUCACUCGAACCACGUGAUCCACCGAGAUGUGAAGAGCAGCAACAUCCUUCUCAGAACCGACGGCUCUGUCAAGCUGGCUGACUCUGGCCUCUUUGCUCAGCUCACCCCUGAGCAGAGUCGACGGAGCUCAGUGGCCGGCACUUCUGGGUGGAUGGCGCCUGAAGUGGUGACAGGUCAACCAUGUGGCCCCAAAGUGGACAUAUGGUCUCUUGGAAUCGUGGGCAUCGAAAUGGUGGAACGAGAAGUUCCUUACUGGAAUGAAACUCCUGUUUCGGUAAGGUGCAAAUACUCACUGAUCCCGCUUGUCUUUCUCACCUGUCCCAUGGUCAGUGUGCCAUUGGACAAAAUCCCAUUGCCAUCUGCUGGCACCACUUCCACCAAGGUCCCCUUCUGAAAAUGUCCCUGCAGCACAUCAGCAUCUGCUGUCGAUUUGGUUGCAUCAGAAGGGAAGUGGCAGUUCAGAAACCUAACCAGUUCAGAAACCUGCCAUUUUGGCCUCCAGCCAU